AAUAAACGAGAAGUCCUUUCGUUUGUGGUGUCUCGAAGGUCCAUAUAUCGCUUCAAUGGUAUCUUUGUCGCAUGCCAGUCUGUCCUGUAUUGCUAGACCGGUGCGUUUGUCCUAUCUCGAAGGCCUGAUUAUGGCUCCUCUGGUAUCCCGGGUGUCUUACACGUCGCUUCUCCGGGACAUGCAGGGAUUCACCUGCCUGGGACUCUCCGAACACAUGCCCCGUUGCAAGCCGCAGUUCAUGUAUCCUGAAGAAAUCGAGUGCGGGUUGACACCGCAGUCGUUGGAGGACAUAUUCACACAGUACGUACGCACAGCGCGAUCCAUGCAACGGAGUGCAGCGGACAGAAUCACGCUGCUGGUGGGUCUGGAGAGUGAGUAUACAUGUGCUGCUGACCUGGAAACCGUUGCUAGGUUACGCAAAACACACUCGCUGGACUUUAUAGUCGGCUCUGUGCAUCAUGUCGAGGGUAUACCCAUUGACUUUGACGACGACUGUUUCCAACGCGCGGAGGCACUUCUGGGCAGCACGGAGGCGGUGUUUCUAAGAUACUUUGACCACCAAUACGAAGUCAUCCAACACCUUAAACCCGAGGUCUUGGGCCAUUUUGAUGUGGUGCGGCUACUGCGCCCCGGCACACCAAUCACAGAAGACGUCUGGGCAGCUAUUCGGCGAAACGUAAAGCUCGCUAUUGAAACUGGGUGUCUGUUUGAGGUCAAUGCCAGCGGCCUCAGGAAAGGUCUGGCAGGCGCAUAUCCGCUGCCGGAUAUAAUGCACUACAUAGUGCAACAGGGAGCCAAGUUCACUAUUAGCGACGACUCACACUCUGCUGAGCAGGUUGCGACCCACUACGCACAGCUGAAGGAGUACCUGAUCAAGCACCAGGUGACGCAACUGUAUACGCUAGUACGAGACCAAGAAGCAGACCCAGUGCGCGUCACUGAGUUCCAGGACUGGCAGGCGCACCCCUCAUGGGAGUUGUAGGCUGCAUAUGGGGGUACGAAGGGAAAGUGAUCCUUGGCUUGUGCACUACUGGAGGGCCACUAGUAGAUGUUGACAUGGGUGGUCGAUGGUAGACCCCUCACUACUGUACCAUUACUUAGCUCUUACUUGGCUCACCUUUAUCACUCCAUUGGAACUAGACCCUGGUCUACGGAUGCACGCGUGCAAGGCGUACGGUCGAAAGAGUAGGGGUUGAUACCUGCAUGCAGUGUGAAUGGUACUUCAUGUACAUAUGUUUUCGGGGUGGAUGCGAUGCUGCUGUGAUAGGCAUGGUACACGGACGUGAGGUAGUGGUGUGGGCGACACUGCUACGUAUGUCAGUGGGGCGGGUUGUAGUAUAUGGGUAACGCACCCCACAGCAUCGCAUAGGUAAUUUUAACAAGGGGACUCGGAAGGGCUGAGCAAUGCCCAUAUAACCACGGGGUGACAGAGCCCGGCAAAUGCGCUGGGGACAUAUACUGUUGGUACGGGCAAGACCUACACGGCACCAUCCCACUCAACACAUAGCCACUGAACAUAAACAGACAGAGAGGGUUUCACUCAACACAUACCCUCUGAACAUACACAGACAGAGAGGGUUUCACUCAACACAUACCCUCUGAACAUACACAGACAGAGAGGUUCCACUCAACAUAUAGUAACUGAAAAGACAGAGACGUCCCAGUGACAGUGGGUUCGGCUCCCUAUAGUAUUAGUAUAAGUCGAUUGGGGGUUUAGAACCACAGAUCGUGGGGGGUGGUAUAGGAGACUGUGGAUGGCCUGGCCUGCGCCGAGUCCGCUGUUGCCGGGUGCAGUGGUCUGGAGAUUGUCAGCAAACACGUUGUGAUAGAGAAAUGAGUCAUCGCUCGUGGACAACGAGACUGUUUGGUUGAGCAGCGGCCCAUCAUGAACUAAAACUCUGUAACUAGCCAAUAAACACAUGAAUUUGUCACCGCAUCCAUUUCGGGGUUUGGAGCGUUGCUAUGGCGACAGCCGGUUUUUACUGGUUCACAGCUGUACUUGUCCACAUACUAGCCCGAAACGAUGGCUGUGCCG